GGGCUGCUUUGACUGUGCCGCCGGGCGAGCGGUGAGGCCGAGGGCGGAGCGCGGUUCAGCGCCGGCCCUACCAGGGCAGGGGCGGCAGCACCGUCAGCGGCCGCUGGAGGCGGCUUUGUGCCGAGGGCGGCGGCGCGGCGCGGCGGCGGGGCGCGCGGAGUCUCGGGAGACGCGCGCCGCGCGCCCGUCCGAGCGGCCGCUGCUGCGCCGCGCUGGUGAUCUCCUGAGAGGUGUGCGACCGGGCGAGGGACAGCCAUGCUGCCGGCGGCCAGACGCGGCCCGCUGCUGGCGCUGUCAGUGAUCCUCCUGCUGGUCUCCUGGUCAGCGCCGGCUACCGCGCGCGGAGGACGCCGGAGGGGCGGCACGACGACGACGCCGUCGACGCUGCACCCGCCGCCGACGGCGCAGCCAUCACGGCCCCCGGAGCCGAGACCGGUCCGGGGAUGGAGACGACGAGAGGCGCCCGAGAGGGACAGGAGCGACCCGGGGUCAGCACAGGCGAGAGUGCUACCGCCGCCGGCUGACACGUGGCGAGCCUUUAUCCGUCACACGGAGGAGGCGGAGCGGCGUGCGCAGCGGCGCAGACAGAAGAAGAAGCGGCGCCGCGGCGGGGCCGGCACGGGCCUGCUGCCCAUGCCGAGCCCGGUGCGCCGGGGUCCGCCGGGACCCCGGGGUCCACCCGGCCCGCCCGGAGCCGUGGUCACCGAGGAGCGGCUGGUGGCUGAGCUCAGGAAGAUGAUACAAGAGGCGGCGGGGGAGCACCUGAGCAGCUGGAUCGCCGCCGGUAACAGUUCCGACGACGGCCACCGGAGGGCUCUGCCGUCGCUGUUUCAACUCGAGGAGGUGGCGCUCGUCUCUCGGGUGCAGACCGCCUUUCACGUGCAGCUGGCCAAACGGGUGGCCAUUCCGCCGAAAAUGUUCGUGGAACUCGGCAAAUACCAGCUGCCGUUCGGGGACGGCUCGUUCCAGCGCGGCACCGCCCUGGACCUGGAGACAGGCCGGUUCUCGGCGCCGGAGGACGGCGUCUACCAGCUUUCCGCGCAGAUCUUCCUCCGAAAGCGGCCCACCAAGGGCCCGCGCCGGCGCACGGCGGCCAAACCGGGCAAACAGCGCCGGAACCGGGCGCUGACUGUCAGCAUAUGUAUCGACUCGCGCUGCAGACGCAACACGUCGCUGCAGUACCUGUCCAGCGUGGAGCCGUCGGCCAACCUGUUCACCGCCAGCAUUCACGGCGUGCUGGAGCUGCGGCGCGGUCAGUACGUCUCGAUACACAUCGACAACGCCACCCGGACUCGGCUGGUGGCCGUCCGCGAGAGCCAGUUCUCCGGCGCCAUGUUGGGACGAUGAGGUGUAUAGGUGGCGCUGGAAACGUGUAUAGGUGGCGCUGAGAUCGCCACGGACCACAGUGAUGCGACAGGCCAUGGCGAGGAAAAGUAUCGUGUGGGAACUGAGAUAUGAUACCAUCAGUGAAGAGACUGACGGUGAUUUUAUGGACUGUGACAAGGAAACAUCAGGAAAGCAUGCGCUUAACAACAAAGAGAAAUGGAUACGGAAGACAGUGAACAAGGUCCCAAAAUAAGAGGACAGGAGCGGACGACCAAAUGACUUGAAGCAGAGGAGUCACGACACGCAGGAGCUCUGGCGUGAGCCGCCGCGUCGCUAAAUCGUCCAGGUCGUGGCCGACGGAGAACAGAGGCACACAGCUGGCGAUGGUGGAACCGGCCAUCAAAGGGUGCCUGUAUGGGACGCGACCACGGCGCAGCCGACAGAUGCGACUUCAUCGACGUCCCUGAGAAGAGCGACCACCGAUGGACGACCACAGCUCCACGUUUUCCCGGGAGCCGAGAACCACGAUCGCAAGCGACAACUGAAAUCGCGACGACAGUCGGUUAAUAAAAUGCGCCAUUAAAGGGAACGGGCAUCUACUCGGGCCAUGCCGCGAAUUCUGCGGUAGUUCGAAACAAGCACCCAACGACUGAGAAGCCCACCAAGUGUCGCUAGUUCAGUUCAGUCAGGACCGAGCUGGUCCUAGACUCGCGCGAAGCCGAACCGGGUUCCCACAGCGACUGCAGGUCCCGCCAUUGUUGGUGCUGGCGGCAGCAGUCGCCAGGAUGAUCGCUUGUGCCAUGUCUUGUUCAAGUGUCAUGUUGUGAACGUUGGUGCCAACUGCCAAUGCGCUGUUAAUACAUAUAAGAUCGUAGAUUUCGUACCCACGCCGAUCCU